AUGUUGGCAAUGAAAGAAGACAGUCCGGAGAGGGAUCGAGAUGCGUUGCUGGCAAUUCUAUCGUUCAAUAAAGACGGGAUGAUUGAGGUGCAUGUAGAGAAGGCAAAGAAUGACCAGAAUAGACUUGGAAGACGUUCGUUUUUCAACUACGAGCCAGGCAGCGAUGCGGACAUCUUGAUGUGCCGAUGGAGACUUCGAACCAAAGGGAAGUGUCCAUACGUCUUUUCACACCUGGACGGUUCGAAGAAGCUCUCGAAACAAGCCAUUUCGACGCUCUCGACGAAGAUGCUGGCAGCGAUCGGGAAGCCGGGAGCGGCUUAUCACUGCUUCAGAAGAGGAGGAGCCAACCACAUGAGGAGAAUCGGGCAUUCAAUGGGGGAAAUUCAAUGCAGAGGAAGAUGGAGAUCGGCGGCAGGACUUCAGCGGUAUCUCACUGAUGUUCCAACAGCUCAAGGAUGUCUACAGUCUCAGGCAGAGUUCGACGACGAGGACGACGAAGAUUAA